CUCACCCCUUCUUGCUGAAGAUUUCAAGGGAUGGAGCAGUAAUCGUGGAGGAGUAAUCUGAAAGAAACUGGGAAAAAAAAAAAUCCAUACUAUAAAUUCACUUUCAACUUGAACUUAAAAUUUGAUACUUCAGGCCACUAACCACCACUACCAGCCCAUGGCGUACAGUUCUCACAUGACAGGGUUUACACUGCUGCCACACUAGUGUUGCGCUGGUAUCCAGUUACUCCUCUUUCAGAUGUUGAUCUGUUUGUCCUCCCAAACCCAGUUCUGUGAACUCCUACAGGGGUCUUUCAUAUAUAAGCUUUGCUUCCUUGUCAGCCCAAUAAUUCUGUGUCUUGUCCUUUACUAGGUAGCUAAGUCUAUUUUUGAAGAUUUAAGUGGUGUUUCAUAUUGGUCACCUACAGAGAGGACAAAGGACACUUUAUAGAAGAAAAUCUGUAAGACAGGAAAACAGAUAUGUAUAUACAAAAUACCAUAUUUUGGCCUUAGUAAUUCUUCCUCUAAAUUCAGCAAAGUAGUGCUUCAUGGUAUGAGAUUUUACUUAAAAAAAAAAAAAAAAAAAAGCACAGAUGUGGAUAAAUACACAAUGAAAACAGCACUGAAGAGCACCAUCAGCCUCCAAACCAAAACUGUAGUUGUGAAAGUUUUGUCUUCUGUGUACUUGGAUGGAAAUAAGUGUUUGCAAAAUCAACACCUUAAGUGGGUACUACAGGAGGUAACAGCAGAGCAGGAAAGUCAGACUGAAAAAAAUGGAAAAGAUGUUGCCCAGUUUUACACUUUUAACAGCUAUGACAGACUUCUCAGAUAAGAGAGAUAUUAAAGUUUUGCUUUUGCUAGGCUGAUGAUACCUAUAAAAUACAUAGAGGAGGUUAAAUUAAAUGCAAGCUCUAAUUUCAUGGGUUAGGGAAUUGGUCAGUGAAAUAAUUCACUGAGAAAACACUAGAGCAUUCUUCAGGAAUAUACUUUGGGAAUGUAGUAUGCUUCAGUCAUUGGAAAGAACUUCCCAUUGAAUGGUGGUAUUUUAAAAAUCCUUAAAGAAUUGCAUAGCUUGAAAAAGAGACUAUUUAUUUUAAUUUUGUAUGGCUUUGUUAAUAUAUACCUUUAUUAUUAUCGUGGCAUGGCCAGUUCUAAUGUAAUUUCUUCACAGCUUAUUCCAACAUUUUGAUAAAGAGUGCAAAGAUCUUUUUUGGAAGAUGCAUCGUGAAAUACAAAAAAUGAGGGAAAUUGCCCUUGUUUACCUUGACAGAAGUGGUGGCCUUCAGAAAUUCGUGCAUGAUUGCAAAAAAUAUAAUGACUCAAAACAAAGUUACGCUGUUUAUCGUUUCGUUAUUUCAAUAAAUCCUUCUGAUAUUGCUGAAUUAGAUGCAACUCUUGGAAACUACAUUCUUCAUAAUCCCAUACAAGCUGCACAGAUUUUUCAAACAGUGUGUUUCAUAGCUAUUAAGACAUUAUCAUUAAUUGAACAAUUGCAGACAGAGGCCCAAAUUAGUAUACUGCUGAAACCAACACAUUUGCCACCUUUACCAAGUUAUGUUCUGAGUCUUUCUGCAUUUCCCUUUAAUUAUACAUCUCAAAGAUUUUAUAUGUCUGAAGGAAUAGCGAUUGCAAUGGGAACUGUAACAAAAUAUACACAAGGAGCAAGAUUUCUUUGUACUGAGGAAACCUGUCCAUUUUCUGAAGGAUUUAGGUACAUAAGAGUACAUCUGCCUGGAGCUACAGAAUCUGCCACAGUGAGGAAUGAUUUUGUGUGUAGUUUGUGUUCUUCACCACUGCAGGAAGACAUUAAAUUUAGAGUACUUGGUGAUAAACAAAUAGUUGAAAUGAUUGAUGCAAAAGUUCUUAAUGCUUUGAAAGGAUAUUCCAAUGAUAAAUCACAUUUUAGGAUUCAGACAUUUACAGUUUUCUUGAGAGGUAAGUCCGUCCCCCCCCUUUUUUUUUUAUUUCUAGAUGAACUAGCCAAUAAAAUGAAAAUAGGAAACCACUACAAGAUUAUAGGAAUUCCAGCUUGUGUACGAAAUGGCUUACAAGCUACAGCAUGUAUAGAAGUCAGUAGUGUACAGCUCUGUAAACCAAAUGGUCCUUCUUUUGUCAGUGACAAUUUUAAGUAUCUGCUCUCACUGACUUCAAGUUCAUGCUGGAGGUUUACUGCCAUCCUUGCCAAUAUAUUUGCUUCUCAAGUUGUUCCACCAGGCACUUACAAUACUCUUAAACUCGCAAUAUUGCUGAGUCUAGUACAGACAUGUGAAAAAGAAAAUGCAGAUUAUCUGGAUCUGUUGAUUGUGACAAGCGACACACUAGUAAUCGAUAGGCUUCUGAAUUACAGCGUAUGUCUUCUGCCUCGUGGCAUACGACACCCACCUUCUAGUGAAAUUUUUCCUUCUGUGUCCAAAGAUAAACAUGGAACUGGAACUGCUAGUAUUCAAGCUUGCAGUGCUGUGCUGGCUAAGGGUGGUAUCUGUUACAUAGGAGACUUAUCUUCAUAUAAAAAGGAUAAACUUGAACUUCUACAGUCUGCAUUAGAAAGCAGAACAACAACAGUAUUCAUUCCUGGGAAGAAGUAUGGAGAAGAGGCUGACCAACAAGUUACUAUUUCAGUUCAGACCAAUUUUUGGUCUUUUGUAGAUGUGGAUUCUUCCCCAAAGAAACAUAUACAAAAGGAUAACUUUUUAAUUGGACAGAUGGAUGUGAGUUUGAUUCCACCUAACCUUCUAGAUGGUUUUGGGCUUUUGAUACACAGUGAGUUUCCUUCAUGCCAACUAUCUUCUUCUCUUGUACAUCAUAUCUUGGAAAAAGCCAUUAAUCCUGAAGUCAUGCUGUACAAAGUCUCACAGCAGUUCAGAAUGCAGGAUUAUGAGGAGUUUAUUUUCUUUGCUAGGAAUCUUCAUGUUGAACUGAGUUCAGAAGCAGAAAACCUCAUUCAGGGCUACUAUCUUGCAAGUCGCAGAGUGAGAAGAGAUUCUUUUCAUGGGUCAACAUUAUCACCAUCUGCACUAAAAAUUCUGAUUUCACUGUCUAAGGCUCAUACUAAACUAAGUUUAAGAAAGAAAGUACUUGAGGAAGAUGCAUUGAUCGCCAUCUUGUUACUUGAAUCAUCUCUUACUCUAAAACACGGCAAGUCUGCAUUAUGCAUAGCACCAAAUCCUGUAUUUCCAUUUGACCUCAGUGAUGAAAACUCCCUGCAACAGAGAGAUAGUUACCUCAUGCAAUGUCACGAUCAACUGCUGAAGUUUAUUGGUGCAUAUGGCCCAGGAAUUCACAUUAACACUAAUGAAGAGUGA